AAAACAGUCUGGUCAACGGGGGCGUGGAUUUGACAGGCCUGUUCUAUACGGUUAGCCGUGUGUGUAGGAGAGAGGUUUGUGUCCAUUGAAAAGGCAAGCAAAUGGAUCAUUCCAAGUUCACUAAGGAUCUAAGUAUAAGGCGGUAAACUGACACCCAGCCUAAUAUACAUCAGAGAAAAGAAUGACAUCAACGUUAAGUUCCGACGCUGUGCCGUCGGUGCCACCACCAGCUUAUGACGCAGCGCAGUCGGCAUCACUCUCACCACCAAACAUCGUCAUGCCGGCGGAUAUCCAAGUGUCCUCGUCGUUUGAUACCAAGGCCUUUCCAGCUGCCAACAGCCCGUCGGAACCUCCACCGCCUUACCAAGGCGACCCAGCUGCUAAGACCCACCAACCCUUCCUCUCCACGGAGGCCCCACCCUUAGCCUAUCUUGACAUCAUGCCGAGGAUGUUGACAACAGGGUCGUUGGAGAAUGAAAUAGCACCGACUUUCGAUUCCUAUCCCACCGUCAUAGCAACGGCGAAUCAGUGGCUCUCCUCCAACCCGAGCUACAUGGUGUGGAAGUGUGAGACUGUGGAGAAGAAGGUGGACAAAGGACCGUUUGUGGAUAUGAAUUCUAUGCUGCAUCACGACUCGACUUUCGGUUUCAACGUAUACGUUCGCGGACUGAGAUUAUGGGUCACCCCGAAAGAGCCUCACGUGCAAGCACAGCAAUUAGGUCCUACUGACCCAUCUUUUGGUUACGGUUUGCAUGGAGGGCACAUGAUGGGAUACUCACGAGUGCAAAUGCGACAGUUGAUGCAGCGGCAGAGUUUGAAGAAGACUUUAGCUGCCCUCAACGAGCGGUUAAAAUCAGAACCGCUUCCAGGUCAGAUCAUGAACGUAGAAACAGCCUGGGACAAAGCCCGGGAGGGGUUUUUGUUGAAGGAGUAUGACCCAGACUGUAUGUGCCGGCACGAAAAGGGAGGGUCCAGCCGUCUGUACCUCCAGGUCGUCAGGAUCUUCUAUUUGAUUGGUCCUCCAGCGCACGAGGAGAUAGACAUCCAUGAUACUGUACCACAGUGUACCAUGAAACCCAGUAUGAACAAACCCCCGAAGUUCCAGUCCUUCACUGAGACAGUUUACCAAACCGGUCACUGGUUACAACAACAACAGGGUAUUCGGAUAGUCAACAUUGUGUCCCAGGAGUGCCCUUUGAGGUUAUGUUUCAAUGAUGUAGAAAUAGAAACAAACAGCACAGUGGAACAGGAGCUAUUUUCUUUGACAAAUCACUUUGUGAAAGUAGUGCGGGUAAUAUUCGUCCGCUCCAAGGCCACGGCUUCCUCAGCUUACGGCGCAAUUUGCCUGACAUCAAAACUCUUCCUUCCAGUUCGAUUGGGACAAAAAUCAUACGAAACAAUGCCAGUGACCGUCUGGAGGAUAGCUUCGUGGCUAAGAGCCGCUGGUCUUCAAAUAUUUGGCGUGGAUACUCAGCGCAUGCUCAUGACGAACAUAUCUCGAGGUUCCGGUGUACAGGAAGACAGGGUGGACACGACAAUAUAUGGAAUGAGAGCUAAAUAUUGGGUCACGGGAAUAAGGGUAUAUUUUGGGUGCAUGUACCAGGAGCCUCCUCCUCACAUGCUGCCCCCUGCCCCUUACUGGGAGAUCACCCAACAGUCAUCCUCUAGUACGUGUAACCUACUGUGAUACGCCCCCAACAGAUACUGAACGGCUGAAGAGCUGUUGUCUCCCUUGGAGUGUAAAUCUUUUGUAGUGUGGCUAGUACGUGACUGACAGGAAUGAGUCGUGUGAAAUUGUCCCCUCGGUCAUGUCACCUGCUGUGUCUUGAAAGUAUCCCGUGAUCUGGAAGUAAUUCUAAAUUCAUAUCACCUCAUUAUUUAUACAUAAUAAUGA